GCCUCUGCAUUUCUGGGGGCCCUCCGCUCGUUGAUUCGGCAGGCCGAGGCUGCGAGCCGCACAGCACGCGAAGAGCACUGCAAGCGCCUCGCGGGACCCGACUCACCUACUGCUACAGCGCUGCUCAACGAGCUGCAGACAGUGGCUGUUCAGGCCUACAAGCACCUUGCGCAGUGCGUCCGGGCCGUUCUGGGUGAGGAUCGAAACCGUGUCCAGACAUCCAUUGCGCUGGCUUUCCAGCACGAGGCAUUGCUGAUCUUGACGGACAAGGAAUGGGACAAGCCCAAGCGCCUGAAGUCCCACGAGGCCUUCUGGGAUGUGCACUCAGACGUGGCAUCAUCCAAGGCAGGAAAGCUGGCGCUCAAAAAUCGUUUGCCAGCAGAUGACUUGGAUGAGCUGAAAGCCUUCUUCGUGGACAUCGUGGGAAUCCCCGAGCGCCUGACGCAGCAAGACCUCGAAGCCCGACUGAGGGUGCCACUGAGCCAGGCCCCCGACCAGCAGAGCAGCUGGAACGAGGGCUUUGGCCUCAACGACUUCGAGGAUAUUGCAACCAUUCGGAGAGGCCCUGGUGUUCUGGGCCAAGGAGGAGAAGGUGAUGAGUUCUUCCAACCCGCAGAUCUGCCCGAAGGAGCGCAGGGCUACGGCUCUGCGAG